CCCUUCUGCUCACUUUAUCCCUGAGGAAGCUGCUCCUGUCACACAAGCUUCACUAACCAAUCAGAGUCUCGGGCCGGUGGUCCAACCAAGAGCGCCGAACCGCAACGGGAGGCGGGUUAAUUCCGGCCGCCAUAUUCCGGACUUCACUGAGCAGCUGAGGGGGUAUCCGCGAGUGCUGCGCAGUGAGCGUCCUGCGGGGAGCUGAGGAGAGCACCGGAACCCGGCCAUGGACCCUGUGGCCUUUGAGGAUGUGGCUGUGAACUUCAGCCAGGAAGAGUGGGCCUUGCUGAAUCCUUCUCAAAAGACUCUCUACAGAGAUGUGAUGCUGGAAACCUGCAGAAACCUCACUGCUACAGGAACUACAUGGGAAAACCAGAAUAUUGAAGACCAUUGUAAAAAUUCCAGAAUAAUUCUAAGUUACCUGGUAGAGACACUCUAUGAGAAUGAAGAAUGUAGUCAGGGUGAAGAAAUCUUAACCUGGAUGCCAAAUCGCAAUAUGAGCAUGAACAUUUCUACUGGACUGAAGCCAUGUGAAUGCAGUGUUUGUGGCAGAGUUUUAAUGUGUCAUUCAUCCUUUAAUAGUCAUACCAUAUCUCACUCUGGAUGCAAACCAUAUGAGCAUGAAGAAUAUGGAAAUACGCAACAGAACUGCAGUUCUCUUCCAUGUCUUCAAAGAAACAUAGGAAACCACACAGUGAAUGGACCUUGUGAAUGUGAGAUAUGUUUAAAAUCCUUUGGUUUUUCCAGUUCAUUUGGAAUGUGUCGAAAAACUCACAAUGGAGAAAAACUCUAUGAAUACAGACAGUGUGGAAAGGCCUCUGGUUGUCCUAGUUCACUUCGCACACAUGGAGGAACACAUGCUGAAGAAAAAUACUAUGGAUGUAAUCAGUGUGGUAAGAUUCUGAGUUCUUUCAGUUCCCUUCAAACACAUGAAAGAAUUCAUACUGAAGAAAUACCCUAUGAAUGUAAACAAUUUGGUAAUGCCUUUAGAUGUCACAAAUCGUUUCUCUGCCAUAAAAAGAUUCAUUCUGGGGAAAGCCCCUUUGAAUGUAAACAAUGUGGGAAGUCCUUCAUUUACCCUUCUUUACUUCAAAUGCAUCAAAGGACUCACACUGGUGAAAAGCCCUGUGAAUGUAAACAAUGUGGUAAAGCCUUUAGAUGUCACAGUUCUCUUCAAUUGCAUGAACAGUCUCAUAUAGGAGAAAAACCCUAUGAAUGUAAACGAUGUUGUAAAGCCUUUGCAUGUCACCGUUCUCUCCGAUUACAUGAAAGAAUUCAUACUGGAGAAAACCCCUAUGAAUGUAAACAAUGUGGUAAUUCCUUCCCUUACCUGUAUUUACUUAAAACACAUAUAAGAACUCACACUGGUGAAAAACCCUAUAUAUGUAAACACUGUGGUAAAGCCUUCACAAGUCACAGUUGUCUUCGAUUACAUUGGGGAACUCAUAAUGGAGAGAAACCCCAUGAAUGUAAAGAAUGUGGUAAAGCCUUCCUGUAUCCAUAUUUACUUAAAACACAUCUAAGAACUCACACUGGUGAAAAGCCCUAUGGGUGUAAGCAAUGCAGCAAAGCCUUCAGGAGUCACAGAUCCCUUCGUAAACAUAAAUCAGUUCAUGAUGAGGAAAAGCCUUAUGAAUGUAAGCAAUGUGGUGAAGGCUUCAGAUGGCAUAGGUCACUUCAAGUACAUGAAAGAAUUCAUGCUGGAGAAAGACCAUAUGAGUGUAAACAAUGUGGUAAAGCCUUUAGACGGCGCCGUCAUCUUAGAUUACAUGAAAGAACUCAUACCAGUGAGAAACGCUAUCAAUGUAAACAAUGUUAUAAAGCUUUCAAGGGUUACAGUUCUCUUCGAAGGCAUGAAGGAAUUCACACUGGACGAAAGCCCUAUGAAUGCAAGCAGUGUACUAAAGCCUUCAUUUACCCUUAUUUACUUCAUAGACAUGAAAAAAUUCACAUGGGUAAAAAGCCCUAUGAAUGUAAACAGUGUUGUAAAGCUUUCAAGGGUUACAGUUCUCUUCAAAUUCAUGAACGAAUUCAUUCUGAACAAAAGCUAUAUGAAUGUAAGCAAUGUGAUAAAGCCUUCAAAUGGUAUAGGUCACUUCAACUACAUGAAAGAAUCCAUACUGGAGAAAAGCCUUAUGAGUGUAAACAGUGUGGUAAAGCCUUUAGAUGUCAUAAUUACCUUAGGUCACAUGAAAGAACUCAUACCAGUGAAAAACCUUAUCAAUGUAAACAAUGUUGUAAAGCUUUCAAGGGUUACAAUUCCCUUCGAAGGCAUGAAGGAAUUCAUGCUGGGCGAAAGCCCUAUGAAUGCAAGCAGUGUGGUAAAGCUUUCAUUUAUCCGUAUUUACUUCAUGCACAUGAAAUAACUCACACGGGUAAAAAGCCCUAUGAAUGCAAGCAGUGUGGUAAAGCUUUCAUUUAUCCAUAUUUACUUCAUGCACAUGAAAGAACUCACACUGGUAAAAAGCCCUAUGAAUGCAAACAAUGUAGUAAAGCCUUUAGAUAUCACAGUUCUCUUAUAAGACAUGAAAAAUCUCAUGAUGAUGGGAAAACCUAGUGGAGGUAAAUAAUAUUUUUAAAGACUUUCCAGUUCCCUUGUAAUGUCUGGAGAACAUAUGAAUAUAAAUUUAGUGAAUAUAAAACAAAUUGUCAGACCUUCAUGUUUUUGAAGUCUGGUUGGGGGAGGGGACGUUGGUUUUGUAUUUGUUCUCCAUUUGUUUGUGUAUGAAUACUUGCAUACCUGCCAUGAGUAUGUGUUAUCAGAAGACAACUUGCAGGAGUCUGUUCUCUCCUUAUGUGAGAUUGGAGAAUUAAACUCAGGUCAUCAAGCUUGGCAGCAAGUACCUUUUACCUCCUGCGCCAUCUUGCCAGAUUUGGUUUUUGUUUUUUCAGAUAAUGAUAGUACACACACCAUGGAGAAAAAUCCUGUGUAUGUAAGAACUGUAUUAAGGCCUUUAGUGCCAUUUAAAAACAUGGAAUGACUGAUUCUGGAGGAAUACGCAUUUGAAUGAAUAGGAUAUAGGAAUACUUCUCUCACAUUCACACAUAAUUUCCAAUACAGAUAGACAUUAUAAGAACAGUUAGCGCAUUGAUAAUGUAGCAGCCUGGAAAAUAAAGGAAAAGUUGUUUAAGUAUUUCAGCUACAAUAUAAAAAGCCAUGAGAGCACUUCUUUUGGAAGUGUAUUGAAAUCCAAUGCAAAUUCCGGUAUCCUCAAAAUUUCACAUGAAUGAAUUUAUGCAAUUGUGAGUAUAUUGUUUUCCCCUCUUUAAAGGAGGACCCUGCUGGGUUUGGUGGCACAGGCCUGUAACUACUGCUUCCUGGGCAACUUAGGUUUGAGGAUCAUAAAUUAAAACCUUGCCUGUGUAACUUAGUGUGGCCAUCCCUUAGUAAAAUGCAGAAGGGAGUUGGGUAUAUAGCUUAGUGGUGGAGUGCUUGCCUAGCAUUAAUGAUUGCCUCAUUUCAAUCCUGAGUCCAGCAGGCAUGGAAAAAAAAAAAAGGAAAGAAUAGUGAUCCCUGGACCUCAUGUUUCCAUUACUUUAAUGAAAAUAAUGGCAUGAAAGUCCUGUUAGUAGAGCUGUGUUCAUUAACAAGGAAGAAAAUUGCUGAGAUAAAGUUGGUAGCCAACCUCCUAAUUAAAUGAAGAUUAUGAGUUUACUUAUAGGUAUUGUGCUACACACCUAGGUUAUAUGGUAUGUCCUGUUGCUUUUAAGGGUCCAAACAACUACAAAAUGUUAUUUUACUGAACAGUGUUAAUAAUAUAAUAUUUGUGUACAGAGAAUGGUAUAAAGAUAGAUACUACACCUGUGAAGGGCAUCUGCCUUUAAUGGAACUUUCAGUACUAGAUAUUGCUUGAAUGAGAGUCUGGGUGAUUAGUAAAGAUGAAGGACAUUAUAGACUUGUGAUAUACUAAACUUUCUUUUUAAAUUUUUUGAAGUGCUUGCUAUAACUCCUUUGCCUUAUAAAUUUGAAAACAUACUUUUAAGCUUUUUUUCUUUUUUAAGGAAUUUUUUAAAUGUUUACAAAUUAAGACUA